UCAUCUCCCGGAAGCGGCGGCCACCGAGUGGGCCCAACAGCCGAUGCCCGGCGCGCACCCGCUCUCCAGCGCUUAGCCGACGCCGUGAGCAGAGGAUUACAGCCAGUACUGUAUAGUUACGUAAUCGGGUACAUUUGCAAUGCAUUGGACGACGAGAUUGUGUCACUUCCGGGCCUUUCAAAGCAAAUCCAAUUCAAACAAUAUUCCGGUUAUUUGAAUGCCUCGAAGGGAAGGCAUUAUUUCUAUUGGUUUUUUGAGUCAAUAAAGGAUCCCCAAAACGCACCGGUAGUCCUAUGGCUACAGGGAGGCCCGGGUGGCAGUUCACUGUUUGGCAUGGCCAGUGAAAACGGACCAUUUAGAUUUAACGCUGAUGGUAAGACUGUUGAAUUGGCCGAACAUAGUUGGAAUUCAGUCGCAAAUGUCUUAUACCUGGAGUCGCCGUCGGGAACGGGAUUUAGUUAUGACGACAAUAAUAACGACACUAAUAAUGACGAGUCGACUGCUUUGGAUAACUACUUAUCUCUCGAAAGUUUUUUCGUAAAAUAUCCACAAUUUAAGAAAAAUGAGUUUUACAUCACAGGCGAGAGUUAUGCCGGCGUUUAUAUACCAAUGUUAGCCACAAAAAUAUAUCAACACAACUCUACUAUCAAUUUAAAAGGUUUGGCCAUAGGAAAUGGUCUUUUAUUAAACUACCAACAUCAACCAAUUUUUGGCCAAUCAAGUUAUGACUAUUUCUUAGCGCACGGAUUGAUUACAACGGAUGCCUACGAGAAAAAGAUUGAGAGUUGCUGUGAGUGUACGGCCGGUGCAGUUCAACACCAGUGCGAUUUCACUAAAGCACCCAAUAUAACUCAAUGCAAUUCAGUACAGAUAGAUAUGAUUAGACCAAUCAAUUCGUACAACAUAUACGACAAUUGUGGGGCCGAUAUUCCCAGACAACAAAUGUUCAACACUUACUAUAGGCCGGCAUUCAAACAAAUUGGCAUUAAUAUUAACUUGAAAACAAACAACGGGGUAAACACACGACCAGAAUGUGUCAAAUCAGGUCUCACUGCAUACCUAAACACAGAUGCCGUGCGAAAAGCCCUACACGUAAGGCCGGGCAGUAGUCAAUGGGGACACAUUGGGCCUUAUGAUAGGGACCACUAUAUGACACCACAGGCGGAAACUGUUAAACAAUUAAUAAAUACAUAUAAAAUACCAAAACUGAUUGUAUAUAACGGAGACUUCGAUACGGUUUGCAAUUUCAUAGCCGAUCAGAGGUUUGUCUCAAGUCUGGGCUUUCAAAAGGCCGAUCAUUACAGGGAGUGGACAGUCGACGGCACCAGUGAUGGAGUAAUUGGAGGUUUUAUACAAAAUUAUGAAAAGGGAUUGAGUUUUGUGUUGGUUAGAGGGGCCGGACAUAUGGUGCCCACCGAUAAACCUGAGGCCGCACUACAACUACUCAAAGGAUUGCUUGGAUUUGCAAAACUAUAA